ACUGGGCAGCUGGACUGUGUGCCGUCAGUCAGAGUGCUAUCUGCUGCUGUGUACAGCAAUGCUUCCGCACGCUGUAUUACUUCUCUGCCUUUUGCUGGCAUCUACCUCUGCCAGUCCUGUGAGGAGAGACACAGAGAGCACACAGGCAUCUCCAGGAAAGAAAAAGGACCUUGACAUCUACAGCUUCCACAUCAAGUCUGCAGUCAGCAGCCGCUAUGCCAUGACUGUCAUUACCAGCCGAGUUGCCAACCGCGCCAACAAGUCCCAGGAGGUGCUCUUCCAUGUGGAGCUGCCCAAAAAUGCCUUCAUCAGCAAGUUUAGCAUGAAUAUGGAUGGGCGUGUCUAUGACGGGGUGGUGAAGAAGAAGGAGGAGGCACAGUCACAGUACACAGAGGCUGUCUCCCGUGGUCAGAGUGCUGGGCUCAUCAGUGCGGUAGGCCGGACUCUUGAGGAGUUCCAGACCUCAGUGACAGUGGCAGCCCACAGUAAAGUGACAUUUGAGCUGACCUAUGAGGAACUGCUAAAGCGGAGACUGGGCCAGUAUGAGCUGCUUAUCAAAGCCCGCCCCACUCAAGUUGUCAAAGACUUCAAGAUUGAGGUGAGAGUUUUUGAGCAGCAGGGCAUCGCGUUCCUGAAAACCCAGGGCUCUCUGAUCGCCGAGGGUCGGUCCAGUGCCCUGAACACCACUGUGUCAGAGAAAGAGGCAUUGGUGCAGUUCACUCCCUCCCUGGAACAACAGUGCCCCAGCUGUGGGGAUGCAGGACUUAAUGGAGAUCUGCUUCUCACCUAUGAUGUCAACAGGCCCCAGUCAAAGGGAGAAAUACAGGUGUCUCGGGGAUACUUUGUCCAUUACUUUGCUCCCACUGGCCUCCCUCGCAUUCCCAAAAAUGUAGUGUUCAUUAUCGACCAGAGUGGCUCCAUGCAUGGCCGCAAGAUAGAACAGACUCGUGAGGCACUGCUGAAGAUUCUGGGAGACAUACCUGAAGAGGAUCAUUUUGGCCUGAUCACUUUUGAUAAUCAGGUGUUCCCCUGGAAAACUGACCUGGUCCCAGCCACCUCUGACUACCUGUCUGCUGCCCGCACCUUUGUCAAGGGCAUCAUGGACAGAGGCUCGACGGACAUAAACGAAGCGCUGCUGCAGGGGGUGCAAAUGCUGAACCGCUUCAAAGAGACCCACCCUCAAAAGGAUACUGCCUCCAUCCUCAUACUGCUCACCGAUGGAGACCCCACCUCUGGAGUGACCAACCUGAAGCAGAUCCAGACCAACGUGAAGGAAGCUAUCGGGAAGAAAUACACACUCUACUGUCUGGGCUUCGGUUUUGACGUCAACUAUGAGUUCCUGGAAAAGAUGGCACUGGAGAAUGAGGGUGUAGCCAGGAGAAUCUACUCUGACUCAGAUGCAGCCCUGCAGCUGCAGGGGUUCUAUGAGGAAGUGGCCACACCUCUCUUGCUGAACAUUCGGCUGAACUACACCGGUGUGUCCAACCUCACCCAAACCCAGUUUGCCCAGUAUUACAACGGUUCCGAGAUUGUGGUCUGCGGUCUGGUCACAGACAACGACUUGGAAGCACUCACAGCAGAGGUCAAGGCUAACACGAAGGAUGAGGCGGUUGUAUUCCGGGCCACCUUGGAGGACCAAAAGGCCAUGUCUGAGAUUAUGGACUUAUACAUCUUUGAGAUGUAUGUCCAGAGACUGUGGGCCUAUCUCACCGUGCAGCAGCACUUGGAGAAAAUGCUAUUGUUGACAGGAGAUGAGAAGUCUCAUAUGAAAGAGCAGGCCCUGGCCCUGGCUCUGAAGUACAGCUUUGUGACUCCCCUCACGUCCAUGGUAGUCACCAAGCCUGAGGGUGAACAGCAGGUGGCCCACAAACCCAAGGAGGGCAAGGAGGGCCAAGGGGGAUCUUUCCUCAACCAGAGAAUUUCAGGCGGCUUAUCUUCACCUCCUAUGUUCGUGGUGCAGCCAGGGUUGCCAGGCCCAAUUGGAUCUCACCACGCCUAUCUAGGACGUCCCCUGCACCACCCAGGCCUUGGAAGUCGGCCUGGCCAAAAAGGUUCAUCUGGCCAACGAGCUUCUUUUUCUGUUCUCUCUGAAUGCUUAGUUUUUAUAGGUCUGUCUGCCCCACCAGGUCUGCCUGCCCCACCAGGUCCGCCUGCCCCACCAGGUUUAUUUGCACCACAGAUGGGCUAUCUAGACCGCCCCGAUUAUGACUAUGGGGUUUCACUUAUGGUUACAGAUGACAGUACAGAAGAUACAUUACGAGCAGCAAUUGUUAUGGAUACAGAUGGCAUUAGAGAUACAGUACCAGCACCAACUGUUGUCAGUCCCCAAAAAUUCAGGUUCCUCCUCCCUGCCCUCAGCUCUGGGCCCCUCACGUCCCCCAGGCCUGAAAUAAUCUGCUUUGACUUGGACGUUCAAGGGGAGCCUAUCUUUCGUCUGAUGGAGGACAGACCUGCAGAACUCGUCAUCACGGGACAGGUGAGAGGGACGGGCCAGAAGGGGUUCAGCGCCAUCUCUCUUCGCAUGGGCCAGGCCUGGCACAUGCAGGUCAACACCACUACCAUCACACUUGGCACGGACCAAUACUCCUGGACCCAUAAAAACUCUGCCAUUGUUGAUAAGGACAGUGUAUGGAUCCAUCACACGGACAGGCUGCUGGACAUGCGUUGGGCAGAGGUGUCCAUCAAAAUCCUGCUCCACCAAGAGGGAGGGGAUUACUUCUUGUGGCCAGACAUCACUGGAUCUACUAAAAUUUUUACUGGGCUGAUAGGAUGGCUCCAAGGUGGUCAUGUAGAAAAGCAUACAGCCCCUAUGUCAGCUGAUCUCCGCAUCCAAGGACUAGUGGUGCCAGCAUCCAGGGACACUGCUGUGGACUAUAGAAUCCUCUCCAUGCCCACUGUGGACUGCUGGCUGUUCCAAUAUCGAUCAGUCCUCCAGGGGAACCUGAGUCACCUUAUGCUACCCACACUUUAGAGAACAGUGCAUUCUAGGAUAGCUGACAUUAGCUUAUUGCUGUCUGUGAUGAGGGCAUCUUGCAGAAUGAUUUUCCUAAACCAGGAAGUAGAAACUAAGCUUUCACACUGUAACACUGCUUUACCAAGAUGUUUUUUACUGUCUUAUAGCUUGAGAAAAAACACAAAAAUGAAAUUGUAUCUGAAAAAAAUGUGUUAAUUCAGCUGAAGCAAAUGUUUCGAGUAGCUACUAUGGUUGAGUUCAUGCAAAAAACACAAAAUGAUUUCUCCACUUGACGAGAGUAGACACGUGUUUUUUCACAGCACAUACUAAAGGUUCCUGGUGUUGAAUGAA